AUGUCCUCGACCUUUGAGAUGCUCUUCGAGAUAAUUGGUCCGUCUGAUUCACUCUACACUGGCGUCCAAGCCAUGACCAAGAAGAUAGCAGAGAUUACCUAUGCUCCUGAAAAAUCUAUUGUUAUUUUUGGAAUUGAUUACCCUCCAGUGAGGGAUUCGCCACAGCUAAAGGAAAACGUCGGCGAAGAUGUUAAAGUCGUUGCCAAACUUGUCUACAACCCAUCCAUUUACGACAUUCCAUUCGCCCUUGACCUACUUAAGGCUACUCAGGAUCUUGUGGUUAAUUUUGACCUCUACAAGGUCAAACAAAAGGGUCCUUUCGAGAUCACGUCGAAUGUCUUCAACAGCACUAUCGUGGCACCCAUCUCCCCACCACCACGACCUGAGCCCUUCCACGCCUCCAAACCAUCGGACACCAGUCCUCCUGUCACACCUGUCUGCUAUUACGUCAAUGGAGAGAAAAUUUGUUCAACAUUUGAUGACGAUGAUGAAAUUUUGGUGGCUGAUGCGGUGGAGUACAAAUUUGACCCCGCAAGCAGGCCAAUUAUCAUCUCUCUUCUCGUUGCCAUCUUUGGACUGGUUAUUGCCAUCAUCAUCGUUCUCAUCGCCAUUAUUAGAAAACGCUGCUGCUCCGCUAAAAGACGACCCGUUUUGACCAAUUUUGCUCCUCUCACACUUGAUCCUGUAUGUUUCUAA